AUCAAUUGUAAAAAAAAAAAAAAAAUGUAAUUAUACAUAAGAAUACAUACAUCUAUGUGUUACUGAAUAUAGUCUAUAUGCCUAUUGUACCUGUGACUUUUGAUAUUUAUAUAGCAUGAUAGCGCCCAACUCUGGUCGUGGAGCGAAAAUCAGCAGCACGGAGGAAAACAACACCACGCGCCUCAGCAACAGUAACGUAGUCUGGUGUGCGCGGGCACGAGCGCGGAACCGAGCGCGCACCUCAACGCCAGCUGUCUUCUGAGGGGGACCCUUACCGCCCCUCCCCAAAAGACAUGUCUGCAGCCGCAUAAACCAGAGAAUUUUGAGCCUUUUGUCCUUCAGCUGACGAGGACCAGUUCGUAAAUUCCCUCGCUUCGAUAUUCCAGCUCCAGCAUCACCUUUACACAGCGACAUCCCAUCGACCUCCAGCAGCGCAGCAACGCCCAUAGCAACGGCCCUGCGCAUCCUCCUCAAUCUGUUUCUCUGACCCAGCAACACCGGCCGCCCUCCACCAACAACCAACCUGCUUUCCGACGACCUUCUGAACGCUGGAUCCAUAUCACACCGUUCAGUUUUUCUCUUUAUUGCACCAUGAACGCGCCUUGUGCGGUUAUUGUCUCACCAUUCAAAGUCCCUGGUCAUUUCGAAAGCCCUUCCUCCAGCUGAAACAAUAAGGGAUCCUCCUCCCUUCAACUCACCUGUAAGAUCUGACCUAUCAAGGACCUGGCAGCGGCACGGGAGCUCCGCCCACCACACCCUCUAAAUGAGGGACAAGGCCACCCAGACCCCUAGGGCCUGGGUAGAUGAGCGGAGGAGAGGCUCUCAUAAGCGAUCGGCUUCCUGCGGCAGCACUGACCAGCUGAAAGAAAUUGCAAAAUUGCGACAACAGCUCCAGCGGAGCAAACGCAGCAGCCGCCAUCGCCGGGACAAAGACCGCAAAUCCCCCUUUAAUGGCAACCAUGCCAUCAUCCAAUCACAGUCUCAGAUGCCUAAAACCAUCCUGAUUCCCAUCCCCAUCUCUAAGUCCACACCUCCCAGAUUUCGGAACAGCAUAGAGGGGCUCAACCAGGAGAUUGAACGCAUCAUCAUCCGGGACACUGUGGAGAGAGAUGAGAUCAUAGUACCACAGGACGUUCCUGAUGGGCACCGCGCGCCCCCGCCCCUCCCCCAGCGCAGCAGCAGCACACGCAGUAUUGACACACAGACGCCCUCCAACGGCGGCCUCGGCAGUAACCGUAGCAACAGCAGCAGCCGGGCUGACUCUGUCUCACCGUCGUACCUCAGCAUCCUCAACGACACGGUGGGAAACAGCCCGCUCGACGACACGCUCAACGAGAGCAAAGAAAGAGACCUAGGACCUUGGUCUCCUCUGCCCAAAUAUGCUUCAUCUCCAAAGCCCAACAACAGCUAUAUGUUCAAACGUGAGCCUCCGGAGGGCUGCGAGAGAGUCAAAGCUUUUGAAGAAAACCAGCCAAGGCCUCUCCAGGAGAUUCCUCCUUAUCUCUGCCCAGACAGAAACAAGGUGAACUUCAUUCCCAAAAGCGGCUCUGCUUUCUGCUUGGUGAGCAUCUUGAAGCCUCUGCUGCCCACCCAGGAGCUGAACUUCCGUAGCGGGAUGGGAUACCACAGCAUCUCCCCCUCAUUGGUGCCUCUGGGUGGGGUCACGGUGAGGAGCCUGUCCCCCUCCAUGGGUCCCAUCUUGUCCCGUGGACGUCAGUCACCAUGCCUCCCACGACAUCUUGAGGAGCCAGAAGGUUAAAACGGAAGAGAGGAAUGUCAGCUGAUGAACAGAGAUGCCAUUUUUCCUCCACUCCUGUAUCAUCUGAUAGAGUCAGAGCUUUGAUAGGAAUUUAUCCAAGAAACGGUUCUGAACAACUCCGAGAGAUAUCAGUCUGAAACUUGAACAUGAGUUUUUUUGUUGUUUUUUUCUAAGGGUAAUGUUACAUGUUAAACUAUGAACGAGAGGAGGUUUUUAAGAUGGUGUAUGUAUAUACAUUUUUAGUAUUGCACUGCUUUUUACUUUCUCAACUAUUUAUUGCAUUUUACCAUGAAGCCUUUGAAUUUUCUUAUGUAUAGCUGCAUCCUUUAACCUACACAAAAGUUUGAAAUAAUUAAGAUUUUUGAAAGAUGUCUCUUAAGCUCACCAAGGUUGUGUUUAUUUGAUUGGAAAUACAGUUAAACAGUUAU